AUGGUGCGUCAGUCACAGUUAUUCAUUUUCAAUGAGUCUACCGUUAUAUCCGCCACCAUGCCACCAAUGUGCCAUAUGCGUAGCCAAGCAAAGCCCUCAACCAAUCCCCAGUCUCCUGCAGAACAGCGACUUCCUCUUAAGACAAUAAGCAUUGCCUUUGCCAUGCCCACUUUGAGUGGAUACACAAGGCUCAAGUCAAUGGAAUGCCAUGCAGUUGAUCCAAAAUUCUUACAAGUCACUAACUGCAUCAUUAAACCGAUUCGACGCAAUAUCAAAGACGUCCAUGUGGUUCUCAAGCUGCUGCAGGGGCCAGUGACAAAUGCAUCUGUUCGUCUGGAACUGAAACAGCGCGGCUAUAACAAGCCUGUUUUGUAUGGAUUCACUGUGGAUGCGUGCCGAUUUCUGGAUGCCAACAAUCGUAAUACGCUGGCCAAUGUUUUCUAUAACUUUCUCAAGUUCAACGUUUACACAAACAUGAAUCAUUCGUGUCCGUUCAGCGAUAGCAUCAUCAUCGACCACUUGCGCCACGACGAGAAAUUCAGUUUGCCCUUGCCCUUGUCCAUGGGCGACUACAAAUUAAUGACCUAUUGGUAUGCCUACAAUGUCCUGCGCGUUACCAUCCACGUAAACAUAGAGACAGUAGCUUAA